UCCAGGUCCUCUGGCUGAAGUGAACAUGUGUGACUGAGCCCAAGCGCAGUGGGUGACGUGCAGAGCCGCGCCGCCGCGGAGAGUAGUGUCGUUGUGUCGUCGGCGGGGAAGUGCGAGUGCUGUGAUGUUACUGGGUACCAUGCAAGAGGACGGGCAAAUCCUGGCGCCGAGUCCGGGAGGCAUGGCCGGCGCCAAGGUGCGCGCGACGGACUUCUCCAUCGCGGCCAUCAUGGCGCGCGGGUCGCGCGCGGCCGCGCAGGCCCGCACGGGGAGGAGCCCGCGCAAGCACACCGAUCGGAUAUCGCGGAGAGAGCUGCGGGACUCGGGGGGUCGCGGGGGCGGGGGUUGCAGUGACGAGGACCUGCCCUCCAACGAGGAGGACGCGGACGUGGACGUGGAGGAGUGCUCCGAGGCCGAGUCCGUGAGCGGCGGCAGCUCGGGCCGGCCGGCCGGCGGCGGCCACCGCGCCGCCUCCAGGGGCUCGGCCUCCGGGGGCGGGGACGCCGCCGACGGCGACCUCGACGCCGACCUGGACGCGGACGCGGACGACGACCGCGAGGACGGCGACUCGCCGUCGCCGUCGCCCAAGGCGGCCGCCGCCGCGCUCCGGAACAAGUCGCACUGCAACUGCCCGGAGCUGCUGUCCGUCGACUGCCACCUGGAGACCAAGGAGCUCUGGGACAAGUUCCACGACCUGGGCACCGAGAUGAUCAUCACCAAGACUGGGAGACGCAUGUUCCCCACGCUACGAGUCUCCUUCACCGGGGUACGGCCCGAGCAGCGCUACGCCGUGCUCAUGGACAUCGUGCCCGUGGACCACAAGCGCUACCGGUACGCCUACCACCGCUCGAGCUGGCUCGUGGCCGGCAAGGCGGACCCGCCCGCGCCCAACCGCCUCUACGCGCACCCGGACUCGCCCUUCAGCGGCGAGCAGCUCCGGAAGCAGGUCGUCUCCUUCGAGAAGGUCAAACUCACCAACAACGAGAUGGACAAGAACGGACAGAUCGUGCUCAACUCGAUGCACAGGUACCAGCCCCGCAUACACCUGGUCAAGUGGCGGGAGCACUGCGGCACCAUCACGGACCUCGACCAGGAGGAGCACCGGACCUACAUCUUCCCCGAGUCCGUCUUCACCGCCGUCACAGCGUACCAAAACCAGCUGAUCACCAAGCUGAAAAUCGAUAGCAACCCUUUCGCCAAAGGCUUCAGGGACUCGUCCAGACUCACCGACUUUGACCGGGACCCGAUGGACGCCAUGUUCAUGGACCAGCACUUCCUGCGCGCGCCCAUGCGCCUGCUGUCCGAGCUGGACGCGGAGAACAACAACGCGUCGCUCUUCUCGGCCUCGCUCAUGGAGAAGGCGCGCACGCAGCUGCAGAUGUGGGGGCGUGCGCAGGCGGGCGGCGGGGCCGUCCCCGGCGGCGGCCCCUACUCGCCGGCCGAGCUGCACGCGCUGCUGCUCAGCGGCACCCCGCAGCUGUACGGCCGCAUGCCGCUGCCGCUGCCGCACCUGUGGGCCUCGGCGGCGGGCGCGUCGGGCAGCUGGCAGGGCGGCAUGCCCGGGCUGCCCGCCGGCCUCCUGGGGCCCCCGCCGCCCCACGGCGGCCCCCAGCCCCCGCCGCAGCGGCCGUCCCCGCCGCCCACCACCACCACGUCGGCCUGCAGCUCGCCGUCGCCGUCCUCGGGCGGGCCACCGCCCCUCGAGCUGCGCGACCUGCGCCUGCCCAGGCCCAUCUUCCCCGGCAUGAGCCCCAUGCAGCGGUUCCCCUACGGCCACAACCCCGGCGCGCCCGCCCCCAAGCCCCUGUCGCCGCCGGCCGUGUCGGACCCCAGGACUUGACGUGCGAGCGAGCGUGUGUGCUGUGAUAUGUGAGCAUUCCAAUGUGCGCCGGCCUGUGUGUGUCGCGGGGCCUGUCCAAGUUCCUAGUGCUUGGGACGUUAUGUAGCGCGGUGAUUGCCAAAGAAAGUUGGAAACGCACUUUUUCGCCGGUGGCUGGCGUGUAGAAUGGGUAACUUCGUUUGUUUUUUUUAAGUCUUUGUUUUGCAACGUUGAUUCCACUUGAUAGUAAGAAAUUCAUUAAAAUGUUUGAAAAAAAUAUAUAAAAAUAUGGCGCAUGUUUGGUUUGGUUGUUGGGUUUGGCUGAAGCUGCCGUACCCAUCGCUACUCGGCCCAGUUACCUAUCCUCAUAAGACUCGCGUAGCCGAGGGCAGCGCCUCUUUGCUAUUUUUGUCAGAAAGUCUUGUUAUAUGUUCAUAUUUUGUAAGUGUGAGAAGUAGAUAUGAAUCGGUGCUUUAUAUCACAUAUCACAAAAGAAGCAUCGGUAAUUUUUUUUUGUUUUUUUGCUGGAGCUAGAAAUUAAUGUUUCUUUUUUUCGUAUUCUUGUCCUGAAAGUCAGUAAAAGGAUUGUUCAGAUGCAUUUCUCAUGCUUACAAGAUGAGUUAUUAUUGUUUAAUAUUUUAUUAUUAUUAUUGAUUAUUAUUAUUACUAUUAUUAUAAUCCAUUGCGGAAGUGCAAUGUGUCUUCAUUGUGAUCGUGUUAGUUUUGGGGUUUGUUAGGCGCGGUUUUUGAAUUCUCAUUUGUUACAUUGUAUUUGGUUUUAGCAGUACUUUCCCUAUUAUUUUUUGUUAAGUGCGUGUAUGUCACGUCCACCGCGGUGUACAGCUUCGUUAAAAGCAUCUUAUUUAUUUCAUUGUAUAGGUAAGCAAAGGUUCUCACUCAGAGUGGAAAGAGGUCGAUGAAUCGUUUGCUAGAAUCUUUGUAUAAACUGUACAGCGAAAAAAAAUAUCAACGGAUAAGCUUUAUGUAAAGUAUUAUGUAUGUGAAUUAUAGGGUCGAAAGUGUGUACAUAUAUCACAUCGCAGUAUUACAAUUUGGGAAAUGUUCCAAGGGUGCACCCAGUCAAGUACAUACAAAAUACUAACUGGUGAUCAGGUUGCCCCGAAAAACAACAGUGUAAAUUGCUCGUUAAUAUUGAUGACGGUGCUGGAGUGGUUGAGUGGUUAGUAAAUGUUAAGUCUUCCUACUAGUUGUGUGGAAUGGAACUGAUCUUGAUGUAAAUUAUAAAUACUAUUUCGUGCAAUAUGAGCUGGAUCGAAAAUGAUCCGCGGUUAAUAUUCCUUGUAGCAUGACGUAAGACGUUUGAAUCUCUUCUCUACGCGCCGUGGUGCAAGUGCGAUACUCAAAUUUAUUGUAAAACCUUUUUAAAUGUCAUAUUAUUUAUUGUAACUGAGCUAACAUUCUGUUAUGUACAGUUUAUUUAACCGUUAUCUUAGUGUCAAAAGUUACUGAAAUCAAAGUCCGGUCUGCACAAAUUCAGCAUGUACUCAAUCCUACAGACUUUGCUUCCAGAUCAUUGACACUGAAGCUACACACAUUUCCGAAAACCCUUUUCUUAGCCAGAAAGCGAUUUAAACAUUACGUUAUGCGAAUAUGAUUGUUAUUUUGUGAUAUACCCUUAAUUUUAAGGGCACCAUGGUUUAUGUUCUUGCAGUGUACAAGAGCUAUGAAAAUGGCAGUGACUGACAAAGAUCAUGUUGUGAACGUCAUCGUACGUAUCGAGAAAGUGUGGAGCUCUUUCCAGGUAUCAUAAUCAAUAAGCCUAAAUGAAUCAUGAACAGGAGAGAGAAUGUCAUUGAAACCAAAGAACUCCCUUACGUUUAUGUGAACGCGAAAAAAAAAACAUGCUGUAAAUAAAAACGGCCAUUAUAUCUAA